UUGUGGCCGCAGGACUCUGCAGACUCACAUGUAGACUCACAUGCGGAGCAUCCUGUGUUGUGUCCUGCCCUGCAAUCUGGUGGCUGGUGGCGGGAAAGGUGUGGAUCUAAUUCCAGCCCCGCCUGGAAAGUCUGGGCUCCAGGGAUGAGUCUGACAGUAGGCUGAGCCCAGGAACCUGCUGCAGUACGUGGGGACAUGGUGUCUUGGAUCUGGAAAAGGCUUCGUGGCAAGAAGCGGUCAGUGAUGGCAUUUUGCCUCUUGAUGGUCCUGUCUGCAGUGGCUGUCACUCAUUUCCCUCCAGAGCAUCCAGCCUCCACCCCAGGACUUAGUCCCAUGGAGCCUCGGGGGGAAGUUGGUGCAUCUGACCCCAGGAUUCAGCAGAUUUUGAACUCUAGCCUGAGGCAGCCAGCAAGGAACCUGGGCCGCUGGACAGGCCAGGCUUUGCCCAGAAAUCCCAUCUUGGUCUGUGCCAAGAAGCAAAGCCGCAGAAGGCAAGUGGACAGAAGCCGACACCCACUGAGUGUCAGGAGAGAUGAGAUACUCAGUGCCCAGGAUCGUGAGCUUCUAUUAGAGGGGGAGGUGAGAGAUGCAGGGGGCACAGCGCUGGGCCAGCCUGGGCAUAAUGGUUUAGUCCAAGAGACACAGAGCAAGACAGUCACCAUGGUUGUCUCACUCACAGAGAGAAGCCACACAUCUUUUCAGGCACAGAGAGAUACUGCUGCAGCAAGCUUUAGGCCACGGCCAUCAGAUGGUAGAGAUCCCUUGCCAGGAGCCAAGAAUGGAGUCUUGACUGGUGGGAAGGCUGGGAGUGCCACCUCAGGGUCAGAGGCUCCAUGGUGGCCUAGCUCUGCUGAGGACCUGCAGAAGUCCCCAUGGUGUGGCACUGAGACCCCUGGGCUGGCCGGCACUGCAGCAUGGGGUCAGGUUCCACCAUGGUUCACGGAACAUGAUAUACAGACUCUCCGGCUACUGGUCCAUGGGAAAGUGGUGGGCAAAGCCAGGGUCCCUGCCCAUGGGCAGGUGCUGCAGGUUGGACUAUCUGCUGGAGAUGCCCUCCAGGACAUAUCUCCUCUCAGGCUCAGCCAGCUCUGCUCCCAGGGUCUCUGUGGCCUGAUUAAGAGGCCCAGGGACCUGUAUGAAGUCCUAUCCUUCCACCUGGACCGUGUGCUGGGACUCCAACGGAGCCUACCUGCUGUAGCCCGGAGCUUCCACAGUCCCCUUCUGCCCUACCGUUACACAGAUGGCAGUGUAAGGCCCAUCAUCUGGUGGGCACCGGAUGUGCAGCACCUAAGAGACCCAGAUGAGGACCAGAACUCUCUGGCCCUGGGCUGGCUACAGUACCAGGCCUUGCUGGCCCAAGGCUGCAAAUGGCCAGGCCAGAUCCCAUGCCUGGGCAUCCACCAUGCUGAGUGGGCACGUUUGGCUCUCUUUGACUUUCUGCUUCAGGUCCACGACCGCCUGGAUCGCUACUGCUGUGGUUUCGAGCCUGAGCCCUCAGACCCCUGUGUGGAAGAGGGUCUCCGAGAAAAAUGUCGGAACCCAGAGGAGCUGCGGCUGGUCCACAUCCUGACUGGGGUUGCAGGCACUCACAACUUCACAUGGAUUUGCUAUGAGGCUUCUGAGUUUUCAGGUCUUCAUAAAUGCAUGGUCCGGAGCAGUGAUCCGUCUCGCUUGGUGUAUAUAGACAAUGCUGGCUACCUUCAGCAUCCAGAGGACAAGCUCAACUUUCGGCUGCUGGAAGGCAUAGAUGGGUUUCCAGAGUCCGCUGUGAAGGUUCUUGCAUCAGGGUGUCUACAGAACCUGCUGUUCAAGUCGCUGCAGAUGGACCAGGUGUUCUGGGAGAGCCAAGGUGGAGCUGCAGGUCUGAAGCAUGUCCUUGAGACACUGGAGAGGCGAGGACAGAUCCUGCUGAGACACAUUAAGAAGCACAACCUCACACUGUUCAGGGACAAGGACCCGUGAGCCCAUGGCUGUCUGGGCCGAGCACACCUUGCUGGAGAACUUCACACAAUGUAAACCUCAGCUGGUGAGUGUCCCUCUCAAUGACAGCAUUUCUGUGACAGUAGUUGGUCAUCCUGAUGACAAAUGGGGAAAGCCAAAGCUGGAGGAGCCUACAUCACCAUGGGACAGGUCACCUGCUGAGGAUGAUGGAGGGCCUGCAGUCUCCAUGCUCUGGCAGUUUACUCUCACGCACCAAUAAAUAUGUUCAAGAAUGUUCAUGAACUGUUCCCUGCACAUGUACAUGCAGUGCUGUGUGCAUGUGCGCAGAGAUAUGUAGGUAUGUGCCUGAACAACGUCAUGCAUCCUAGGCAAGCACUCUACCAACUGAACUAUAUACCAGAGAAGUCUAGUUUUUAAGAUUAUUUUAAUUUCAAAAUUUAUGUGCAUGGGUGUUUUCCCUGACACGCACACACACAUACACACACACACGUACCAUGUGUGUGUACCUAGUGUCUGCAGAAGCCAGAGGAGGGUGUCAAACCUCAGGGACUUGAGUUACAGAUAAUUGUGAGCUGCCAUGUGGAUUCUAAGAAUUGAACCUGGAUCCUCUGGAAGAGCAGGCAGUGCUCUUAACCACUGAGCCAUUUCUCCAGGCACUAAUUUUAUUUUUAUUUAUGUUUAUGUCUGUGAGUAUAUACCACGUGUGUGAAGGUGACUAUGGAAGCCAGAAGAGGACAGCAGAUUCCUUGGAGCUGGAGUUACUGGAGUGGUUGUGUGCCACCUCGUAUAGAUGCUGAGACGAACUCUUUGUAGACCCUUCCAAGAGCAACAGAUGCCUUAAACCAUUGAGCCAUCCCUCCAGCAGGGAGAAGCCUAUUAUAAAACCCAAGUCCCCUUUAUUACAUAGACAUUAUCUUCACUUUCAUGCUAGCCAUUGUGUGUGUUUUAGGCUGACUGUUCUGUUUGUCCUUUCCUUGUUUGUGCACAAGAGAGCUUUGAAUCUGAGCUGCACCCAGCCCUGGCUGUUAGACUUGCCCAUGGUUCCCCUCAAUCUCCUACUUGCGACUUGACCUGUUUGUCUUUUGUGAAAUAGGAAGCUGUAAUUCUGUGCAGCCCAGUUUAUUAUCAUGUUAGCCUGCGAGCCUCUCAGAACGGCUCUGCUCCUCCGAUCACUGAAAUGUCAUUUGUUUACUUCUUUUACGUGACUGCUCAUUUGUAUGAACUACAUCUGAGAGAUCACUUAGGUUUCACUGCCCCAGAUUCCAUUCAAUAGUCUAUUCUGUUCCCAUCUGAAAGUAUACUUUUAUCAGAUAAAAACCAAGCGCACAGAGGCCCUUUUGUGAACUGUGCUGGGCUGCACUCACAGGGUUUUUUACGAGCCUGCUUCAAAACUGGACACUGUUCUAAUCCAAGUUACUGUACUCUGCUUGAUGGUGUAAGAAUCCACUUAAACAUC